CAGCCCGGAUCAGACCGAGAGAUAAAAGCCCCGAUGGUGAUCGUGAGUGAUGGCAAGAGGAUUUAGCUUCGGCAUUAACUUGGAGCCGAGAGCGGGGGGCCAGUGAAGCGCCCCGCCAUCUGGCCCGUGCCGCACCGGGGGGAUGCCCCGGCGUCCCGAAGAGCAGCAGCGAAGCCCACCCAGGCCGGGGGCUUCCUGGCGCCCGAGCGCAGAUCCUCUCCGUGCCGCCCAGGGGGGCCAAAAAGUUUGCACUUGUUAGCGGCGACCUCCCGCUCGGCCCCGGCGGGCGAUGCAGGCGGCGCGGCCAGCCCCCUCCCCUGGCCCGCGUCUCCGGGACGGCUGCGGGCGGCCCCCCCUGCAGCCCGAGGACUCCCCCGUCCUAAUCUGACGGCAGCGGCGGCGGCCACAGCAGCAGCGGGAGCAGCGCGGGGACGAAGCACCGGCUCACAGCCCUCUGCCCUCGCCCCAACCCAGCUCCAGCCAGAGGGGGUGGAGGAGCGCUAGAGGGUGGCGGUCCGCGGCCUCCCGGGUCUCCGCUCCGGGAAUCUGCUCCGAGCCGGGGUGUUGCUGCUAAUGAGCUCUCUCUCCUCGCCUCUAACAAUGAAAGACAAGCCAGACCCCAGGUAUCCAGAUGGAUUGAGAGCUGAAGCCUCAGAAACUUCAUAAUAAGUUGCCGAUGGCUACGAGCCAAGGUCAGCUGGCCCCCAUUAGUGCCUCUCCCCACCAAAGUAGAGCCAAAUAACCUUCUCCUCAGUUAACACCUCAGUAGCUUUUUUUUUUAUUCUCAGUACAGUCACAUACUUGUUGUCACUUUAAACCCGUAUGAAAAGAAAUCUCUUUUAUUGUUCUGAGACUCCAAUUCCAGUCCCAAAGAGGAACAUGUUUUCAGGGAACAUGUACCCCUCCUGAUUUUAUUUUAUCUUUACAAUGCAGGCCUGGAGGGUUGUUUUGCAGUUGUGUUGAACAUAUCACACACAAUAAGGGCCCUUUAAAGACCUGGAUUGAUUGGAAGGACAGAAAUUAAAAGCAAUCUGAUCCAGCCUCAUGCCAGAUCCCUGCGGAUAGUCUCCCUAUCCCAUUUCCAUCUGCUGUCACAAUUUGAGAGUCUGCCUGAUUUGAUCAGGUUCACCUCUGGGAGAGGUGUAAUGCCAAGGUUAAGAGGACAUGAAGUUAUGGGCAACUUUCUGAUCUGCCCAUCAGCAGUCUGAGAAACGCUGGCUCUGAAAUCCCCGUAUCAGCCUUUUGGAAAAAACAAGUUCCUCGCUGUUUGCAAACCUGCAGUGCUUGAGUCCCUGGGACGUCCUGGCCACCAUUGCCUGGUAGAUGUGGCAUUUCCAUGCUGAGGCUGCAAGUCCCACCUGACCCAGUUGCUGCCUCUCCAGGGCCUCUCUGGGCUGCACCCCUGCGGUCCACGCAGCCAUGCUGCACCUGCUGGCACUUUUCCUGCACUGCCUCCCACUGGCCUCUGGGAACUAUGACAUCUGCAAAUCCUGGGUCACCUCGGAUGAGGGCCCCACCUGGGAGUUCUACGCCUGCCAACCCAAGGUGAUGCGCCUGAAGGACUAUGUCAAGGUGAAGGUGGAACCCUUGGGCAUCACGUGUGGAGACCCCCCUGAGAGGUUCUGCUCCCAUGAAAAUCCCUAUCUGUGCAGCAACGAGUGCGACGCCUCCAACCCCGACCUGGCCCACCCGCCCCGGCUCAUGUUCGACAAGGAGGACGAGGGCCUGGCCACCUACUGGCAGAGCGUCACGUGGAGCCGCUACCCGAGCCCUCUGGAGGCCAACAUCACCCUGUCGUGGAACAAGAGCGUGGAGCUGGCGGACGACGUGGUGGUGACCUUCGAGUACGGCCGGCCCACCGUCAUGGUGCUGGAGAAGUCCCUGGACAGCGGGCGCACGUGGCAGCCCUACCAGUUCUACGCCGAGGACUGCAUGGAGGCCUUCAGCAUGCCCGCCCGCCGCGCCCGGGACCUGUCGUCGUCCAGCGCCCACCGCGUGCUGUGCACCGAGGAGUACUCGCGCUGGGCGGGCUCCAAGAAGGAGAAGCACGUCCGCUUCGAGGUGCGGGACCGCUUCGCCAUCUUCGCCGGCCCCGACCUGCGCAACAUGGACAACCUCUACGCGCGGCUGGAGAGCGCCAAGGGCCUCAAGGAGUUCUUCACCCUCACCGACCUGCGCCUGCGGCUGCUGCGCCCGGCGCUGGGCGGCACCUACGUGCAGCGGGAGAACCUCUACAAGUACUUCUACGCCAUCUCCAACAUCGAGGUCAUCGGCAGGUGCAAGUGCAACCUGCACGCCAACCUGUGCUCUGUGCGUGAGGGCAGCCUUCAGUGUGAGUGUGAGCACAAUACCACCGGCCCCGACUGUGGCAAGUGCAAGAAGAACUUCCGCACACGGUCCUGGCGGGCCGGCUCCUACCUGCCGCUGCCCCACGGCUCUCCCAACGCCUGUGCCGCCGCAGGCUCCGCCUUUGGCAAGUGGACCAGGUCAUCCACGGCUGCCUCCCUCUGGGAGAGCCCCCCCUGGUCCCCUGUGUCCUCCAGUGCAGAAGAGCUUGUUUUUCAUCUUACCCCUGCCACUGCCAAGGUCCCCAAACUUUUCCAGCUCAAGCCCAAAUUUCCUCAGGUGGUGCCUCUUGAAGAAUUCCAAGACUGCGAGUGCUACGGCCACUCUAACCGCUGCAGCUACAUCGACUUUCUGAACGUGGUGACCUGUGUCAGCUGCAAACACAAUACACGUGGCCAACACUGCCAGCACUGCCGUCUGGGCUACUACCGCAACGGCUCUGCUGAGCUGGAUGACGAGAACGUCUGCAUUGAAUGUAACUGCAACCAGAUCGGCUCCGUGCACGACCGGUGCAACGAGACCGGCUUCUGCGAGUGCCGCGAGGGCGCGGUGGGGCCCAAGUGCGACGAUUGUCUCCCAACGCACUACUGGCGCCAGGGCUGCUACCCCAACGUGUGCGACGACGAGCAGCUGCUCUGCCUGAACGGCGGCACCUGCGUGCAGAACCAGCGCUGCGCCUGUCCCCGCGGCUACACCGGUUUGCACUGCGAGCAGCCCCGCUGCGACUCCACGGACGACGACGGCGGCCUGGACUGCGACCGCGCGCCCGGGGCCGCCCCGCGUCCCGCCACCCUGCUCGGCUGCCUUCUGCUGCUGGGGCUGGCCGCCUGCCUGGGCCGCUGAGCCCCGCCCGGAGGACCCGAGGCCGGGGCGGGCCCGUUCACGCGCCCUGGGCCCGACGACCGGCGGCCCGGGGGUCCCGAGGCCGCGAGGGCUGGCGUCCGAGGCCCGGCAGCGGGAAGGCUGCGGCCCGAGCUGCUCCCAGGUGCUACUCAGCAGAGCCCUCCCGCCCCUCCGCCCGCCCUCCUCAGUGGCACCUGCCCCUGCCCCGGCACUGUCCUCUCUCAGCAGCAGGGGGCACUGUGGGUCCCUGGCCCCAGCGGCCUCAAUUUUGGUUUGCUUUUCUUUUAUA